AUGUCAUUACCCCUUCGGAAGCGAUCGCCUCUAGGCGAAGUGCCGAUAAACAGGCGCGUCCAGCGACUACGUCCUCAAUCAGGCGCAGGUGUUUCGAAGCCAUCAUCAUCUCAGCAGCAGCCGCAGCGGCUGCGCCGGAACAGACGGGGCGACAGAAUACUACACUCUAGUCAACAAUCACUUGUGCAGCAGCGGCCGGCGAAACGGGAGAAGCAAGCCACCCAGGCCUGGAAGACCAUCCAAGCCGACUGUCCAGAACUGUUCCAGUGCUUGCUGUCCGUUCUCCUUGCACGUCAUGAUCGACCAGCAAAUGCGUGUACAGGUACAGGUACAGAAGAAAUGAAAGAGCACCAAAUGAUGAUGGAUUGCCAAUCUUUGAACCACGGAAGAGACCUGAAGACGGACGACGAGGACAAAAACGCAGACGCCAAAAUGGGUGCUCCCCUUCAACGUCGCCUGCCUCCUAUAAUAUCCUAUGACGAGAACUCAACUACUAUCUGCCUUGGCCGGCCCAGGAUCUCUCCAACAUCCUUAGCCGACAUUGCCAUGCAUCUUCCCACCGUACAGCUGUCCCUCUUGAAGGCCGACCUUAUUCGCCUCAACUUCGCCUUGCAUUGUCGGGGACUAUACAUUCCCAACAUAACCCCAUCAUUGGUGUUAGUAGCUCAGAAGCUCCCUAAUCAGGACUAUGCCUGCUUUGUUCACCAACUCGAUUGUGUCAAACUCAAGAUGGACAGCAAGCCGGAGGGAGUAAGUGAGAAGGACAAAUGUAGAGAAGCCAGACUUCAGGUCCAGCGACUGUUCGGCCCUUUCGAGUUUCUCGCCCGUCUCCGAGAACGAGAAAUAAAUCGUCGCUGCGACAGUGGGGAACACCUGCGACUCACGCUGGAUCCAUCAAUGCAACACGACUUGACGACUACAAGCAGGGAGCUUAUCGGCUACAGCCCCAGAGCAGAUGAUAUGCUUCUCCGCGGCCUGGGUAACCCUAUACCUUCACUAGCUGUUCUUCUUGUCACUCGCUAUCUAGGGAGGCUCCCACCACGCUUCAUCCCUCUAUCGCCCAACACGCAAACUCACAGCUUACUGCUAGACCUCCUGGAUUUUGUCGAGCGCGCCACGCCACAGUCCUUUCCCGACGCUGACGUCAAUGAUGAUUACAACGACGACCUGGCCAGCCUUGCCAUUAUACGCACUGCCAUCCUCGUCUGGCUCACGGCCGAUCGAACGCCGCCCACGGCUUCCCGACACAUCCUAGCGCCCUACACAUGUCCACCAUGCUACCCUCUCACUGGCUUCCCAUCGGGCUGUGCCAGGGCUCAUGAAAACAGCAGUCGGUCUUCUUUCAGAGGUCAUCGGCCGAACGAAAAUCUAGACGGAUCCGAGCCCCAAUCAUUUGCACCAGCUAUGAGACAAGACAAGCAGACGGAGAGAGAGAGAGCUGGACAAGAUACUGACAGCUUGAGCAAAGAAUCCGUCUCGAUCGUGGGCUUCCUCCUAUCAACCAGACCGCCAAAUCGAGAUCCGGAGGCACUAGCCCAAGCUGCUGCGGAUGCACGCGCAGCAUUGAUGCGGCAUAUACCUAUGCGUCAUGGAACGGCUGUUGUCCCGUCACAAGUAUAUUGGUUCUUUUAA